CAAUUCAUCAUUUCCAAACUAUUCAAAUAAUGGUCAUAAAAUAUUUUUUGCUUGGCCUUAGGCAGCGCUCAGCGUAUUCAAUCAUUCACAGCAGACAUUUUAGUAAAGUGUAUCCAUCGGCUGCCAAGGCUGUCGAAGACAUCCCUGCUGGAAGCACUGUGUUGUUUGGUGGAUUCGGGCUCUGUGGCGUUCCCGAAAAGCUGAUCGAUGCAGUUUCGGUCAAUGCGGCCAUUAAAAACCUGACGGCUGUCUCAAACAACGCUGGCAUUGACGGCGUCGGCCUGGGGAAGUUGCUCAACACGCGCCAGGUCAGGCGCAUGAUCGCAAGCUACGUCGGAGAGAACAAGGAGUUUGCUCGCCAAUAUCUUAGUGGCGAGCUCGAGGUUGAGCUCUUACCGCAGGGCACGCUAGCAGAGAAGGUUCGUGCGGGCGGUGCCGGAAUACCGGCCUUUUUCACAGCCACUGGCUUUGGCACGGCCGUGCAGCACGGUGGGACGCCGAUCAAGCAUGGCACAGCUAGUACGCCCAUUAUAGAGGCGUUGCCACGUGAGGUGCGCGAGUUCAAUGGACGCAACUAUCUCAUGGAGCAAAGUAUUACCGGCGACUUUGCACUAGUCAAGGCGUGGAAGGCUGAUAUACUAGGAAACCUGGUGUUUAGGGAGUCGGCCAACAAUUUUAACGGCCCAAUGGCUACUGCCGCUAGGACCACCAUUGCAGAAGUCGAAGAGAUUGUUCCUAUUGGUGCGCUCAAGCCGCAAGAGAUUCACAUUCCGGGAAUUCACGUGCAUCGAAUUGUCCAGGGUGGCGACUACAAAAAGCACAUCGAGAAACUCACAGUGCGCAAGCCUGGAGACAUUGAAGCUGGUUUACCUCCUGCCAUGCAAAAGCGAAUCAAGAUCAUUAAACGUGCUGCCCGUGAUAACUAUAUUUUGCCGGGGAUCACUGUACACUUGCAGAGCGAAAAUGGAAUUCUUGGUCUGGGCCCAUUCCCAACUGAAGAUCAAGUUGAUCCCGACUUGAUCAACGCCGGCAAGCAGACUGUCACGGUGCUGCCUGGAGGAUCAUUUUUCUCGAGCGACAAUUCGUUCGCCAUGAUCCGCAACUCGCGCUUGGAUCUGACUAUUUUGGGCGGUAUGGAAGUUUCUCAGACCGGUGAUCUGGCAAACUGGAUUGUUCCUGGCAAACUGGUCAAGGGCAUGGGUGGUGCCAUGGACCUGGUUUCUGCUGCCGACACAAAAGUCGUUGUCACGAUGGACCAUUGCUCUAAGGACGGGUCUCCAAAGAUUCUCAGGCAGUGCACUUUGCCGCUGACUGGGGUGGGAUGUGUGAAUCGCAUUAUUACUGACAAGUGCGUGUUCGAUGUCGUGCAGGGAAGGGGCCUGCUUCUGCGUGAGCUGGCCACUGGCGUCACUGUCGACGAAGUUAGAUCGUUGACUGGAUGUGAUUUUGAAGUUGAUGCAGACGUGACUGAAACUUACUAAGAAAAACACAGCAUUAAAUUUGGCUAUCAACCCUAUAUCCCAUUUUGUUAUUUUUAUUACAACCAAAACAUAAAUUCCAAUUAAAAUGCCA